AUGUCGAUUCUGGUGCUCUGUUGCGUUUAUAACAGCACGCUUGCUCAGGAGCAUGAGAGUGGGCAGAAUUUACGUUUGGCGGCAGCGUGGUUCGGAAAUCCGAUACCAGAGAUCGUUUGGAGGAAAGAUGGUGUCAGAAUCGCCGUGGCCGACGGAUAUUCGUUUGCGAACGAACAAGCCCCGAUGGCGGCCGGCCUUGGCCGAUUUGAGCGACAGGAGCAACCAGAGAGUGGAACUGCAAUUCUCGAGUUUAGCGGCGUACGUCGCGCCAAUGAAGGCAAAUACGAGUUGACCUUGACGAAUUCCCAAGGUAGCGUUACCAGUGCGUGCAACGUGAAAGUUACU